AUGCCCUUCGCACACGGGGCCGCCUGUCCCCCGGCACGCCCGGCCGGCAUGGGCACCGUGCCCGAGCCGUGCCCGCAGGCACCGCUGGCCGUGCUCUCCAAGGUGGAGCUGCGGGUCAGCUGUAAACACCUCCUGGACAGAGACACCCUCAACAAGUCGGACCCCUGUGUCCUGCUGCUGAUGCAGUCCCAGGGCCAGUGGAUGGAGGUGGAUCGCAGCGAGGUGAUCAAGAGCAACCUGAACCCCGUGUUCGCCAAGAUCUUCACGGUCGAUUACUACUUUGAGGAGGUGCAGAAGCUGCGGUUCGAGGUGUACGACAGCCACGGCCAGGCCGGCGUGGGCACGCAUGAUGACGACUUCCUGGGGGGCAUGGAGUGCACCGUGGGGCAGAUCGUGGCGCAGAAACGGGUGACGAAGCCGCUGUUCCUCAAGUACGGGAAAUUUGCGGGCAAGUCCACGAUCACGAUCAUCUCGGAGGAGAUCUCGGGGAACAACGGCUACGUGGAGCUUGCCUUCCGCGCCAAGAAACUGGACGACAAGGACCUCUUCAGCAAGUCAGAUCCCUUCCUGGAGAUCUACCGCAUCGAUGAUGACCGCAGCGAGCAGCUGGUGUACCGCACCGAGGUGGUGAAGAACAACCUGAGCCCCAUCUGGGAGCCCUUCAAAGUCUCCCUCAACUCGCUCUGCAGCUGUGAGGAGAAGAGGAAGCUGAGGUGCGUGGUGUGGGACUACGACUCCCGGGGCAAGCACGACUUCAUCGGGGAGUUCUUCACCACCUUCGAGGAGAUGCAGAAGGCGAUGGGGGAGAACAAGGUGCAGUGGGACUGCAUGAACCCCAAGUACAAGAUCAAAAAGCGCAACUACAAGAAUUCGGGGGUGGUGGUGCUGCUGGACCUGAAGAUCCACAGGGUUUACUCCUUCCUGGAUUACAUCAUGGGCGGCUGCCAGAUCCAUUUCACGGUGGCCAUCGACUUCACGGCCUCCAACGGGGACCCCCGGAACAGCUGCUCCCUGCACUACAUCAACCCCUACCAGCCCAAUGAGUACCUCAAGGCGCUGGUGGCUGUGGGUGAGAUCUGCCAGGACUAUGACAGCGAUAAGAAAUUCUCGGCUCUGGGCUUUGGUGCCAGGAUCCCCCCCAAGUACGAGGUCUCCCACGACUUCGCCAUCAACUUCAACCCCGACAAUGAUGAGUGUGAGGGCAUCCAGGGUGUCGUGGAGUCCUACCAGAGCUGCCUGCCCAAAAUCCAGCUCUACGGCCCCACCAACGUGGCUCCCAUCAUCUCCAAGGUGGCUCGCGUGGCGGCCGACGAGGAGCGGACCAAGGAGGCGUCGCAAUACUUCAUCCUGCUGAUCCUGACGGACGGCGUGGUGACGGACAUGGCGGACACGCGGGAGGCCAUCGUCCGCGCCUCCUACCUGCCCAUGUCCAUCAUCAUCGUCGGCGUGGGCAACGCCGACUUCACGGACAUGCAGAUCCUGGACGGGGACGACGGCGUCCUGCGCUCCCCCAAGGGCGAGCCCGUCCUGCGCGACAUCGUCCAGUUCGUCCCGUUCCGCGAGUUCAAGAACGCGUCACCCACGGCCCUGGCGAAGUGCGUGCUGGCCGAGGUGCCCAAGCAGGUGGUGGAGUACUACAGCUACAAGGCCUUCCCCCCGCGCUGCCCCCGGCCCCCCAGCCCCGAGCCCAGCCUCGGCUCCCCGCAGUGA